AAUGUAUCCUCAGUAAGAGCAACCGAGGAAUUACAUCCACUGGUUCCAAUAAUGGAAUGGAAUAUUUUGAACGAGUUGAAUUACCAGUCAGUUCUACACUAAAACCAACGACAGAUGCGCCUGUACCAACAACAGAAACGAGAACAGGCCCAAACACAAGUCAAAAAGCUGGUAAUGCUCAGACAACUAAGGAAUCACAGACAUCGACACCACUACCAGAUGUCUACCCUACCCCUAGAUUAGGCGAUGAACCUACAAUGAUGCAUGGCGUUUAUUGGGUUCACAAGCAAGGGGAAUAUCUUCCAUC